CCGUCGAUCGCGCGUCAGUUCUCGUCGGGCAAGUGCCGCGUCGCGACGCAAUCGUCACGUGUCAGGUUUAAAACAAAUACCGUGCGGUUCUUCCCGAGAACUUUCGAUUCUUCGAGUCGACGAGAGCGGGUGACGCGACAAGGUUGCCAGGUCGUACCCCCAGGUGAGCAGAAGCGUUACCUGCGCUCGAAAGGAGCAACGCUGGCGCGCGCGAAAGUCGAUCCAAAGAGGAGUUUACUCGCAUCGAGUGAAAAAGUGACAUUCCCAAGUGCGCUCGAAAGUGUAUUCCUUCGACCGCGUCGAAGAAACUCCCCUUGGUAGCGCGACUUCGCUCGCCGAUCUCUCGCCCUCCCGAUAUUCCGGGCGAAAUACGACGCCGGGAAACGAAUCGCGUACACCUUUGCGUACGGUUUCGUAGCGGCAGGAAUUACCGAGGAAAAGUCAACCGACAUUCUCCCGGGGAACCAGGAAGAACGCUAACGAGAGUGAACGCCCACGAGCGUGAAACGAACUCCGCGCGUUGAGCGCAUCGACGCAUCUAGGGGAAAAGAGUUUCCUCGAUCCUCCCGCCGGCCGAUCUCCUUAAUGGGGAAAUGAAAAGGAAACAGCGAUCGCGUGGCCCGGACGAGGCGUCCACGGCGGCGAAUGGAUCGCUCGGUCGCCGCUGGCGAGAAGCGCGACUCGCUGGAUCGCGGCGUUGCCAGUUUGGAGCGGCCGACUCCAGGUGAACGUUUUCACCCCUCGCGUUCGACGUUACCCGAGGCCGGCGCGCGCUCGAGCGUCCGGUCCGGUCCUUGCUCCCGCGACCUUGGGUGUCGUUCGUCCCGACCCGAGUGAAUCGACUAACGCUACAUGCUCCGAGGAGCUCCCCGAAACCUUCAAAAUUACCCCGGGCCAUGUUACGUGCGCGUAAAUAAAUCACGCCGAGGGAACGGAGGGGAAACCGGCAAUGCCGUCGACCGCGCGAUCCUGGCGCUAACGGACGAGCGCCUGGAAAGGUAUAACAGGGGAACCUGGAUAUCCUCGAUCGACCGACCUUGGUCCAGGAUGCGAGGAAUGCGCCGGAGUCCUCGCGCGUAACGCGGCCCCGCGAGUUCGAGAUGAAGCGGCCGCGGCGCCGCGCGUCCACCGCCAACGCGCUCCUCGGCGCGUUCUUCGCGUGCCUCGCCACGUGCGCCUGCGCACCCGAAUCCCUUCAAGCACCUCGCUUCAUUACUCAACCUUCGAGCAGCGGCAACAUUCUCAGCGAGGGGAGGACGAAAAUUCUCCAAUGUCAAGCGGGAGGGUACCCCCAACCGAAGUACAGGUGGUUCAGGAAUGGACGACCCUUGAGCAACGAGCUCAUCUCCGAGCCUUAUUUUCGCAUUCAGAGCACCCAGAGGAGCGACACCGGCGUCUACUAUUGCGUCGCCACCAACGACGUCGGCUCGAUCUUCAGCGAGAGGAUUUCUUUCUCCGUUGCCUAUAUGGGAGUUUUCGACGACCUGACCGAACGGGAAUUGACCGUACAGUCAGGAAACGCGGCGGUAUUGGAACUUCCGCCGAUCGAUAGUCAUCCGAGUCCGGAAGUGAUUUGGUUCACCUCGGACAGACCUCUGUCUUACGAGAUCAAAUACGCGACGUCGCAUCACAUGCUCCUGAUCCUUAACGCCUCGGAAAACGAUCAAGGCUCCUACAGAGCGAAAGCCAUCAACACGCAGCUCGGGAAAGAGGAAAACAGCCCUUUCUUCAAGGUACGCGUAGUGGGCGACCCAAACGUGGAAGUUACGCCAAGUAUCGUCGUCAAACCUCAAGACACGCAAAUAAUCAAGGAUCAAGCCCUGACGUACUUGUAUUGCAUAGCUAAUGCCAGGUCGCUUCACGAACUGAGAACGAUAUGGCUGAAGGACGGAAUACCGAUUAGCAAUGCCAGGAUUCAGUACAUCUUCAAGGAUCCGUGGAAUCGGACUCUGGAACUAAUUUCGGCUAAUCUGACCUACACCGGGGUUUAUACGUGUCAGGUGGAUUUACGAAGCGGUGGUUACCCUACCAUCAAUGCCAGUGCUAAAGUGGUGGUACAUGAAAAACCGACGUUCAUUACGGAACUUAAACGGGAGACGUUGAGCGAUUAUGGUUCAACGGUCUCCUUACCCUGUGACGUCGUUGGCGUACCUCAGCCGAAAAUCAGCUGGUUCCAUAAUGCCGAACCGGUGGAUCAUUUACUGGGGACGAGGUACGAAUUGGAGGAAGAUGGGACGCUGAAGAUAAAAAAGCUGACAAUGGACGACUCCGGGAUGUUUCAGUGCCUUGCGUUGAACGAAGCAGGAGAAUCUUCCAGCUACACGUGGUUAAAAGCUAAAAAGAGAGAGGUUACCGGAAUCAGGAAGAGAGUGGUCCGAUGGACGGCCGGGUAUAACGUGGUUAGAGUUCGCCAGUCUGACCGCCGCUUUAAAUUCACUCAGUAUCCUGACACGUCGGUUCCGAUGAUGGAGGUCGCACCUCAAAAUCUCACCGUCUUGGACGGCAAAGACGCAACAAUGUCCUGUCGAGCCGUCGCUGCUCCAGUUCCGAAUGUCACUUGGUAUUACAAUGACACCGUGCCGGUUGAAGUCGCCGGCAGAGUACAACUUCUGGAAAAAGGAGACCUUCUCGUUGCCGCUGUCAAGCCUGGCGAUGCUGGAAAAUACACUUGCAUUCGGGCAAACGAAGCCGGCUCGGUUAAUGGAUCCGCUUACCUCGCGGUUCUCGUGCGAACGCAAAUAAUUCAACCGCCUGUGGACACUUCCGUUCUUCUGGGCCACACCGCGGAAUUACAGUGCAAAGUGUCCAGCGACCCGACGGUGCCUUUUGACAUCGCCUGGUUCCACAAUGCGCAGGUGAUCAAUACAAGAGCUAGUCCAAGAGUGAAAAUGAGGGAGGAUGGCGCUCUGGAAAUUACGGCUGUACGAGCUUCUGAUGUCGGGGAGUACACCUGUUCGGUUGUUUCUCCGGGUGGUAACGAAACUCGAAAUGCGAGGCUUAGCGUUAUCGAGCUUCCGUUUGCUCCGAUAAAUGUCGUGGCCACCCGGAUGGAGAAGAUUUCCCCUAGGACGAUAAAUGUCACUUGGGUUCCUGGGUUUGACGGCAACAGCCCGACGAAAAAAUUCAUUGUUCAAAGGAGGGAAGUCCCCGAACUCGGUCCAAUACCUGACCCUUUGUUAAACUGGGUGACCGAGCGCAGCAACGUGUCCGCACGGAGUCGUUGGAUUCUGUUAAACAAUUUAAAAGCCGCCGCGGCGUAUCAAUUUCGAGUGAGCGCCGUCAACAGCGUAGGCGAAGGAUCACCUUCCGAUCCUAGUAACGUCGUCGUCCUGCCACAGGAGCCUCCCUCUGGCCCACCUUUGGGCUUCGUCGGGUCGGCCAGAUCGUCGUCGGAAAUUAUCACCCAGUGGCAGCUACCAACUGAAGAACAUCGAAAUGGUCACAUCUUAGGGUACGUUUUGAGGUACAGACUGUACGGGUACAAUGACAGUCCUUGGACGGUACAGAACAUUACCAACGAGGCUCAAAGGAAUUACCUCAUUUCGGAUCUGAUCACGUGGAAGGACUACGUCAUACAAAUUGCUGCGUAUAAUGACAAAGGAGUCGGGGUGUACACCGAAGGUCUGAAAAUUAAAACGAAAGAAGGAGUUCCCGAAGCGCCGCCGACAAAGAUUAGGGCGAAAGCGCUGAACUCGACGGCGGUGAAGGUUUGGUGGAAACCGCCCAACCCUCAAAAAAUUAACGGAAUCAAUCAGGGCUACAAACUGCAAGCAUGGACCGGUGGUAAUUUCACCGAAGCUAACGAGUACAAGUCCAUGACCGUUCCCCCGAGCUUGUUGGAUCCUCUUGCCGAACAGAGUGCCAUUAUUACGGGCCUUAAAAAAUACACGCUGUACAACAUAACCGUGUUGUGCUUCACGGAUCCGGGAGACGGCGAGCGCAGCGAACACGCGGAAAUUCGCACGAGCGAGGACGUCCCGAGUGAAGUGGAGAAUCUUCAAUUUGACGACAUCAGCGAUCGGGCACUGACCGUAAGAUGGAAUCCACCUAAAGAGAUUAACGGGGUCCUCGUCUGUUACCAAUUGAAAUAUAUGAUCAAAGACCUGCCGGAGUCUUUGAAAGCUGAGAAUUUUACGGCCGACAUAUUGUCUACCAAAGUGGAACAUCUUCAGGCAACAACGCAUUACAGAUUUGAAGUAAUAGCUUGGACGUCGAAAGGACCAGGAAAAUCACGAGUGGCUACGAUUCAAUCCGGGGUGGAACCGGUGUUACCGAGACCUCCGACAAAACUCGCGUUAUCAAAUAUUGACGCUUUUUCUGUCGUUCUACAAUUUACCCCAGGAUUUGACGGGAACUCCUCCAUUACCAAGUGGACCAUUCAGGCUCAAACAACUCGCAACGCAACUUGGUACACGAUAUACGAAGUCUCGGAUCCGGACGCCAGCACGAUUACCGUCGAGGGAUUGAUACCUUUCAUGCAAUAUAAACUCCGUCUCAUAGCAAAUAAUGUCGUUGGUCCUUCCGAACCAUCUGAACCCACCAAAGAAUUUCAGACCAUUCAAGCUCCUCCGUCUCAUCCUCCCAGAAACGUGACAGUUCGAGCAAUGAGUGCUACGGAACUUAGAGUUCGAUGGAUACCUUUGCAGCAGAUCGAAUGGUACGGUAAUCCUAGAGGCUACAACAUUACGUAUAAGGAAUUACGUACCAAUACGACCAAGAGCAUUACUAUCGAAGACCACACUGCAAAUUCGUACGUCUUGGAAAAUAUGGAAGAGUAUGCACUUUACGAAAUAGCAAUGCAGUCUUACAACGACGUCGGGUUUUCGACCCUGAGCCCGAAAGCAGUUGAGAGGACUCGAGAAUCAGUCCCUUCGUCAGGACCCGUAGGUGUAGUGGCGAACGCUACCUCCUCGACAACGAUAGUCGUGAAAUGGGGUGAUGUACCUAUUGAACAUCAGAAUGGCCAAAUUGAGGGUUUCAAGGUCUAUUAUGGAUCGAACACUAGAUCGCCGUUUCAGUACAAAAAUAUCCCAAGCAAUAGUACAUUUACAACGACGUUAACGGAGUUGAGGAAAUUUGUGCAAUAUCACGUACAAGUGUUGGCUUACACCAGACUCGGGGAUGGAGCACUAAGUACCCCACCUGUGAGAGUACGAACCUUCGAAGACGCACCUGGCCCACCGUCAAACGUGUCCUUUCCGGAUGUGAGUUUCUCCACGGCUCGAAUUAUUUGGGACACCCCGGAAGAUCCGAAUGGAGAGAUUCUUGCGUAUAAAGUUAUGUUCCAUCUAAACAGUAGCCAGGACCAUCAGUUUUCGAAAGAAUUUCCAGCGUCCGACAGGACUUUUCGGGCAACCGGAUUGGAACCGGAGAUGUAUUACAUGUUCUCCGUUACCGCUCAGACGAGAUUAGGGUGGGGUAAAACCGCAUAUGCUCUUGUUUUAACAACAAAUAAUAGGGAACGCCCUCAGCCUCCAUCGGUGCCACAAGUCAGUAGAUCGCAAGUACAGAGCAGACAAAUCACUUUUAGUUGGACUCCAGGACGAGAUGGAUUUGCUCCGUUAAGAUACUACACCGUACAGCAGUCUGAAAAUUCAGGACCGUUUCAGACUAUCCCUGAGCGAGUUGAUCCUUCGGUGACCUCGUACACGGCAAAUAAUUUGAAGCCAUUCACAUUUUAUCAAUUUCGCAUUCAAGCGACCAACGACAUUGGCCCUUCGGCUUGGAGCUUGGAAUCCGUCCAAGUUCAAACUUUGCCCGCCGCUCCGUCCCGCGCAGUCACCGGGUUGAAAGUUGUGCCGAUCACGACAUCAAGCGUUGAAGUUCAUUGGAACAUGAUAGAUGAGAUGUAUUGGAGCGGAGACCAUGAGACCGGAGGAUAUCGUGUCGUCUAUCAGCCUGUAUCCGACUUUCCUACUGCUUUACAAGCGACACCUAAGGAAGAAAUAUUGGGGAUCAAGCAAACCAAAAUGGUCCUCGGUGAUCUGACCGAGGAUAGGAACUACGAGAUCGUAGUGGUGCCGUUCAAUUCAGAGGGUGACGGUCCACCGUCUCCUCCGGUUACGGUUUACGUCGGGGAAGCUGUACCUACCGGAGAACCACAGCACGUUAAGGCGGAACCAAUUUCUUCUACCGAGGUCCACGUCAAGUGGAAACCACCACAGCCUAACAUGCAGAAUGGCGACCUUCUGGGCUACAAGAUAUUCUACUUGGUCACUAAUUCUCCGCAAGACCUGGAAAUCAAGCAAGAGGAGGAGAUCGAGGUGGUUCCAGCCUCCUACUUGACACACAGUCUGGUAUUUCUUGAUAAAUACACGGAAUACCGAAUACAAGUUUUAGCAUUUAACCCAGCUGGAGAUGGACCGCGAUCUCCUCCGAUCACUGUUAGAACCAAACAGGACUUACCUGGGCCUCCCUCCAAUUUACAAUUUACGGAAAUUACGAUGACGAGCAUGCGAGUUUCCUGGGAUCCGCCAAAAAUGAGGAAUGGCAAAAUAGUGGGAUACAUAGUCGCUUAUGAAACUGCCGAGCAAAACGACCGUUUCAGCAAGCAGGUUAAGCAGAAAGUAUCGGAGACGAAUUUACUGGUACAGCCAUUGGAGGAGGAAGUGACGUAUACAUUUACAGUGCGAGCACAAACCAUUGACCUUGGACCUCCGAUAACAGGCAAUGUGACGACAGGACCUCAAGAAGGUUCACCGAUGCCUCCGACUGACCUCACCAUUGCUAAAAGUGUCUCCAGCGUGGAUCUUCACUGGGUAAACGGAGCUUCAGGGAAAGGCCCUAUUUUGGGAUACUACGUUGAAACCAGACGCAAAGACGAUGCCAGGUGGCAAACCAUUGUCCGAACCAGUAACGGGCCCUUGGUCGAGUACACGGUAUCCUACCAGAAUUUACUCCCGUCUACGUCGUACCUCUUCCGAGUGAUAUCCUACAACCGCUAUGGUAUAAGUUAUCCAGCUUAUUCGACCGACACCAUUUUGACGCCAUCAAAGUUGUACUUGGAAUAUGGCUACUUGCAGCACAGGCCCUUCUAUCGUCAGACGUGGUUCAUGGUGACCUUGGCAGCCACGUCGAUAAUAAUCAUCAUUAUGGUGAUAGCCAUACUUUGCGUGAAAAGCAAAAGUUACAAAUAUAAACAGGAGGCGCAAAAAACUCUAGAAGAGUCGAUGGCCAUGGACAUCGACGACCGGCAAGAGUCCGAUCUGGAGUUGUACAGGUCUCGACAAAAUGGCGGCGGAGGGACGAUGAGCAUAGCUAAUUCUUGCGGGACUCUGGGCAAGCGUAGCACCCUGGCUCGCAAAUCCAUGCAUCCACCACCUCCGGCGAUGAUGGGGAAAUCCCCUCCUAGACCUUCGCCCGCUUCCGUGGCUUAUCACAGCGACGAGGAGAGUCUCAAGGGCUACGAUGAAAAUCCGGACGACAGUAGCGUCACCGAGAAACCCUCGGAGAUCAGCUCGACGGAUUCUCAGGGCUCCGAGAGUGAAAACGAAAGCGUCCAGUCGGAUCCCCACUCGUUCGUGAACCACUACGCGAACGUAAACGACUCGUUGAGGCAAUCCUGGAAGAGGCAGAAGCCCGUGAGAAAUUAUUCCUCCUACACCGACUCGGAGCCGGAAGGAAGCGCAGUGGUCAGUCUGAACGGGGGCCAGAUCAUAAUGAACAAUAUGGCCAGAUCGCGAGCUCCGCUGCCAGGCUUCUCGUCCUUCGUAUGA